AUGAAUGCAUAUGAUUAUUGGUCUAAUGAUUGUUUCAAGGUUGUGCACAAGUUGUACGAUGAAUCCUCUUCUAUUCGAGAACGAGAACGAGAACGAUACACUGUAAACAUCACCAAAGAUGACAUGUCCAGCUUUGUUUCGUGUUUCAUCGUGGAAGAGCUUAUGGAAGUAUACGACAUAUAUAGCAGGCCUAUGGUGUGGAUUGGAAUCUACAUAGCAAUAGCAUCUGGCUUUUGCAUCCUUGCCAUGGCGGCAGAUUUGUUCCAUGGUUUCCGGAAUAGAAAAUAUUGGAUUCCUUGCAAGUAUUUCUCUCUCAAUGCUGCUUCUAUCACUGUSGUAGCUGUUGCCAUGAAAUUGCCUGUCGAUCUCAGUAGUUCGAUGCCUGGUGAAGUAGACCAAGCAGCCAAGCUCGGAAGCUUGGCCUUCAUGUGCAUCAUGAUUGCGAACUUAAUGCUUUCUCUGGCGUCUAUGGACAACAAGACACUUCUUGCAAAUACCAUAGGUUUGGUCAUUCUCAUUAUCACUAUGAUUGUGAAUACUUUGAUCCAAAUCAUUACCGGUGUUAUAGCAAAUGGGUAUUUCAUGAUGUGGGCAUGCAUCUAUAUGGUUUUGAUGCUUUCGUUACUGAUCAUAUUGAUUUCUUCGGCCAUAACAAUUCCGACCUCUAAGAAAAUUUUAGAGUUCAAGUAUCAAGCCACAAGCAAAACAACUUCAAAUGAUCAACUUAUAGGGAUGUCUAUGGUGGAGAAACUAAGACAAUAUGUGAGAAGAUAUUGGGUUAUGGCAGAAAGUGGGAACCCUCAGUUUGUGAUGUCGAGUAAUUCGUUAUCCAAUGCUUCUGGCAUAAUAUGCAUAAUCAGCCUAAUAACGUACAUAUUUCGUGUGUUGGAUAUUUUUGGUAUUCCUUCUAGCGAGUACAAUUCGAAGUACCUUUACCAAACAAAGUACCAAUCGGAGUACCAAACUGGGUUCCGAUCAGAGUACAAGUGGUCAAUGGUUGCCAUUUUCUUCACUCAGUUCAUUGGAGUUGUAGUGGGUAGCAUAGCUCCAAUAUUUAGAUAUUUUACGGUCUUUAGGUUCAAAUUGUUCACUUGGGACCAUUUCCUAGUCUUUAAAGGAGAGAAGUAUUGGACCAAGAUGCUGUACGAGUGGAAAGAAAACCGUUUACCUUUUCUAUCGAAUAGCCGUAGAUCAAGAGCCUUUGUCCAUAGCUUGAAAAACCACAUUCUAAGCCUUUGUAUCAUAUUUCAGAAAGUAGUUAUAGUAUCAUGCAAGAUGAUAGGGCUCGUCCAGAUAGUCCUUAUAAUCUUUGUUAUAUGUUGGAGGUCGUUGAAGGCAUUGUUUUUCAUUACACCCAUCGCCUCGGGUAGUGAUGAUAUAAAAGACCUUAGCAAUUAUGUUUUGCAGAUCGAAGAUGAGAUGGAGUUGGCAGAGAUGACAGUGAAGGGCAUUUCGAAUUCCAUGAAUCGCUUGAUUCAGAAAGUUAACAAGGAACAACACAAUGAUCUUUUAGAGCUUCUUGGUAAAUCAACUGGUUUCAAGGGAGUAGAGGAGUUUGACAUCGAUCAGGUUCAACCUCUCCUUUCUGUUGAACCUGUUAAUAGUUGGAGCUUACCGAUAGUAACCUUAACGUGCAUUGCUGUUUCUCUGCCGAACAUUCGUAAGGGAAAAGUUGAGAGCUUGUUGAAAGGUGUUGGUGACGGUCUCUCGUACACCCAUCUUGUGGAAGAAAGCCUGAAUGGUGGAAGUGAAUAUGUGAAUGUUCGAAGGACAACAAGUAAUUUAUGGCAUGAGGUUGAAGACAACUACAAGUGGUUGGGGAACACUCUACAGAAAAAUGCAUAUAGAGGAAGAACAUCAAUGGAGAUUCUUCAAUGGUUUGCUGAUAAAGCUGGAGAAGUUGUAAUAGAAAUGAAGGGAAAUACCAACGAGGAACUAAAGGAGAGUUUUCCGAGUAAUUUGAUUGCUGCUAAUUCGAUGUAUCGUAUUGCACAAACAAUCUUGCUUACCCACCAAAGCAACAUCGAAUCGAUCAGCGAAGAGCAGGUAUUUGAGUCAUUAUCUUGCGUGAUUUCUGAUAUAUUCUCUGCGUGCUUCACUAACAUACCACGAGUCGUAGCAACAAAAUGCCAUGAAAGUGUGAUAGAGAAACGAGUGGCAAGUGUUGAGGCCGCGACCAAACUUCUUGGUAGGAGCACGGAGAUCGUAACAAAUCUUGAAGGGUGUGAACUACCAGACAUGGGUCGAGAUAAACUUGCAUUCAUCGAUGAGUGGCGUACUCAUUUGAAGCCAUCGAUCCCCUAG